AUGGCAUACCAAUUUUCGAGGAAGGGCUGUUUCAAGUGCGGGAAUCUCGGGCAUAUUGCUGAGAACUGCUCCUCUGAGCAGCGUCUUUGCUACAACUGUCGCCAACCGGGUCAUGAAUCCUCCGCUUGUCCAUCUCCGAGGACCGUCGCUGCGAAACAGUGCUACUCCUGCGGCGGAGUUGGACACAUUCAAGCGGAAUGCCCAAGUCUUCGCAUUCAACAGCAGGCUGGUAACCAGAAGUGCUACAAUUGCGGGCGUUUUGGCCAUUUCGCUAGAAACUGCCAAAAUGGUGUUGGAGGAGGCUUCGCUCCUCGUGCUCCCGCCAUGGGACGCGCGCUGAAUACCUCAACUUUGCCCCCUGUUAAGUGUUAUCGCUGCGGUGGUCCUAACCAUUUGGCAAGGGAUUGUCUUGCCGCUCCAGGGACCACUGCGCAUGAUAACGCACCAACCGGGCCAGCUGCCAACAUCAAUAAGAACAAGACCUGCUACAAGUGCCAGCAGGAGGGACAUAUUGCCCGCGACUGCCCAGAGCCGGUUUCGUCGAGCGAUGCAAAAGUGCAGCUACGACCGCUGUCGUACUCUGCGGGCUCUGCCCUUCGGCGACGGACCUUAUUUUCCCUACCAUCUCUGCCCCCUCUCUCUCCGUUCGACUCGAGGCCUCAAACAUACCAUGAGCAGCGCCUUUUCCCUUAUAAGGAGAAGGAACUCUAUGCCGUCGUGGCGGACGUUGCAUCCUACCCGAAAUUCAUCCCGUUCUGCACAGGCUCCAGGACUGAUCGGUCUGCCCUGGAGCAGGCGAUGCGCGAGAAGACUGUUGUGGACGCGGAGCUGACCGUCGGCUUCCUGAACUUUACGGAAAGCUAUACGAGCGUUGUCACGUCCAUCCCGUUCAAAUCGGUCCAGGCUGUAGCGGCGUCCUCUACACCUCUGUUCAAGACACUGUCGACGACGUGGAGCUUCCAGUCACAUAGACCGGCCGGCUCAGCUAGUGCUCUCAUUAGCUCUACGCUUGUGUCCUUCGACCUGACAUAUGAGUUCGCCAACCCCCUCCAUGCCGGCGUUUCCAGCGCGUUCUUUGGGCGAGUGUCGAAGAUGAUGAUCCAGGCUUUUGAAGACAGGUGUAAAGCUCUCUACGGUCCCAGCAGCUGA